AUGGAUCGAGCAAAGCAAGCCGUCGACGAGUUCGUCUCCAAGGCAGGUCACCACGACACCACCGUCGAGGAGCAGGUCGCACCCGCCGUGAAGAAGGAAACCGUCCGCCCAACCCAGCACGAGGAGAUCAACACCGCCAUCGACAAGGAGGUCCACCAGGACCACUACCAUCGCAAGGUCCAGCCCAUCCACGACACCGAAGUCCUUCCCGAGCAGCACAUCCACAACCGCGGCAAGGUCGUCAACCGCGAGUUCGACAACCGCGACAACGAGGCCACCGAGAGAGCCUUGAGAGCCGAGGCCGGCAAGCUCAAAGAUGAGCGCACCGUCACGGGCACCACCCACACGCAGAGCCACGCCCCCGUCGUUCAGGGUGAGCAGGUUCACCACCACGUCCACGAGACGAUUCAACCUGUUCUUCACAAGGAGACCAUCCAACCCUCAGUGGUCCACACCACGGUGCCCAUCCACGAGGUCCACCACGAGCAGGCCAAGCACCACGGCACCACCACUCUCCCGGCCAUGUCGAUGAAAGAAUUCAAGCAGCAGGGUGGUGCUCUGGGAGGAAGCUCCGAGCGCUACGGUGCCUUUGAGGGCUGCCCCAAGGGCGUGCAUCAGCAGGGCUGCGGCCACGAGAUUGGCAGCGGACCCGCUCCCAACAAGAUGACUUCGAGCACCAGCAGAAGCACUGCCACCACUGGUACAUCAGGCAUUUCUUCUUCUUCGUCCAUGUCCUCGUCCGAAGAGAACAUUUCCAGCACUACUGGCACGACCGGUCUUGGCUCGAGCAGCAUCAACACGGAGAAGGCGAAGCCCAGCUUGCUCGACCGGCUGAACCCCAUGAAGGAUGCUGAUGGUGAUGGCAAGAGGGGGUUCAUGAGAUAG